AUGUCCACCACUCCCUGGAAUGCUCAUGUAAUUGCAAAAAACAAGGUUUUGCUUUCCAUACAAGCUUGGGACUACUCUUGUCUCUAUGACAGAGACGAAUUCAAAAAGAAGGUCAAGUCCAAUGAGCUAGAAGCUAUGGAUGGGGCUCAUCAUGACGUCUAUGACGACUACUCUGAUGAAAUGAAGGAGGAGAGAAAGUGGAAGCAUCUAGUGUUGGAAUUUCCAGAGAAAGUGCAGUUGUCUGCCAAGGAAAUCUACGGUGAUGCGGGCCGAGAUAACAAGCUAGAGCUUCAACUGAUUCCCGUCACAGUGACACAUCCCAAACAACCAAAGAUGAAGUACACUUCGAUGUAUGCAGCCUGGAAAGUAGCCCGAACCGACAUUAAGGCUCGCAAAAAGGGCAAGGUUGGAAAGAAAGAUAACAAGAGUGACGCUGCACGCCAACUGGAGGAUUUGAUGAAUGGCGUAUCUAUUUGUAAUGAUUCCAAGCCAGCUGGACAAUCAGACUCUGAGGACAAGGAGUCUGAAGACGAGGAGUCUGAAGACGAGGAGUCUGAAGAAGACGAGCGGAUGAAGAUCUGUGAUAUUGAAACGUUACCAGCCCCAGUGUGUAGCAAGCCAACUGUCAAGACUAGUCCUGCAUUCUGUCUGGAGACAGCGCCAAAACUUCCACCCAUCCCUCAAGGCAUACCAUCAGCCUUGUUCGCUGCUGUCCCAACACUUAGUCUGGCUCCCAAUUCACCUCCAAGGGACACCCAAGAGAUGACGGAGGAGCUCCGCAAGAACUCGUUCAAGCCACACCCAAGUAGCAAAGUUUCACGUGCCUACAUGGCGGAGCAGAGGAGGAAGGAAAGGAGAGCAGAGAAACAGAACCAAGCCAGAUUGAAAACCCCCACCCCUGGCAUUGAUGCAAACUUCCUCCAGGGUCUUAUCGUUGCCGCAGAUACCUCCCAUGAGAAGACAAAAGAAAUAAUGGCAAAGUCAACCACCUCACCUGAGGCGAGCAUUGGUGCAGAAUCAGAGGCGGACACAGACGCUGAAGACUCCGACGAUGAAGACUCGGUUGAUGCUUACCGCCAUGCUCGCCGAAUGGAAAAGGCACAUGAAUUGCUGAAGGAAGAAAAGGGCGGUGACAUUGCUUGGUGUGAUGCCAUGGUUGCUGAUCUUGAAAACUUUGUUUCUGAAAAUGAAGCAGGCCUUGACGAUCUCCUCGCAGAGGAUGAUCUCAAUGCGCUGCUGGGAGCAGAGGAUAGUGGAAGUGACGGUGAAAGCUGUGGCACCGGUACUGGGACCAUCAAGAGGAAGCACUCUUGGAAUGAAGCCAGUAGUAGUGAUGAAGAAACUGACACGGACAAUGAGAUGGAUGGAGAAGACUCAGUGGAGCCUCCUACCAAAAGGAAAUAA